GUUGUACCGACCAAUGCACGUGACCACCGUUUCUACUAGGACCAGCAGGCGAGGCACGGGCUACCAACAACCACGUGGUCUUCAACUACUUCCGGGUUGUGCUCCACCGGAAUUGGUGUGAGGAGAUCGUACUGCAGGAUGAAUGUGCUCGUCAGGUUACAGCGCUGUGGCACAAGAGUGCUGCGCGCGCCUUCCGCAUUUGCUACGAGCCACAUUGUCAGAUACCAAAGUACUGGUGACUCUGAUGAUUGCAACCAAGUACUCAAAAACCUUGUUAUGAGAAUUAAGGCAACAGGGCCUAUUACAGUUGCUGAAUACAUGAAAGAGGUUUUAACAAAUCCCAUAAAGGGCUACUAUAUGCAUCAUGACAUGCUGGGAGAACAUGGAGAUUUCAUUACAUCGCCUGAAAUAAGCCAAGUAUUUGGAGAGCUAAUUGGAGUUUGGUGUAUUAGUGAAUGGAUAUCUGGUGGAAAAUCUAAAUCUCUCAACAUAGUUGAACUAGGUCCUGGAAAAGGAAGUCUAAUGGAUGACAUUUUGAGAGUCUUCAGCCAGUUUAAGCCUCUACUGAGUUCUUGUCAAAUCUCUAUUCACUUAGUAGAAGUAAGCCCCAAACUAAGUGAAAUUCAAGCAAUUAGGCUAACAGGAAACAGUAUUGAAACAAAAUAUGAUGGAAAUGCUUUAGCCUAUAUGAAAGGUAUGACAAAAUCGGGACUUCAAAUUUCCUGGUACCAUGAUGUUCAAGAUGUACCAGCAGGUUAUACAAUCUUCAUAGCACAUGAAUUUUUUGAUGCAUUACCAAUACAUAAAUUAAAGAAAACUUCAGACGGAUGGCGUGAAAUAUUAAUUGAUGUUGAUCCAGAAUUCCCACAAAAAUUAAGAUUUGUUGUUGGUUCUAGCAAUAUUCUUCUUACAAAAACAUUUAUUCAGACAGAUGAAAAGCGGGAUCAUAUUGAGGUAUCUCCUAAGGCUGCAGUGAUUAUUCAAAAGCUUGCCAAUCAAAUAAAUACUUCUGGAGGAGCUGCUCUGAUAGCAGAUUAUGGACAUUCAGGAGACAAGACAGACACUUUUAGGGGAUUUCGGACUCAUCAGUUGCAUGAUGUGCUCAUGGACCCUGGAACAGCGGAUCUUACUGCAGACGUUGAUUUCAGCUUCCUGAGAAGAAUAGUUGGAAAUACUGUUGCAUCUCUAGGCCCCAUUACGCAACAAGAGUUUUUGAAGAACAUGGGAAUUGAUUUAAGAAUGAAGGUACUUCUGGAAAAUAAUAGUGAUACAGCUACUCAACAACAUUUGCUGGAAAGCUAUGACGUUCUCAUGAAUCCAUGUAAAAUGGGAAAGCGAUUUAAAUUUUUUUCCAUGUUUCCACAUAGUAGAAUGGAAAGCUGUAAUGGCAGUUUGAAAGUAGGUAUUAUUCACCCAGUCGCUGGAUUUACCAAAUUACAAUUCAGUUGACUUUUUACCAUAUUACAUUUAUUGUUAACUGUUUAACCGCUUAAGGACACAGCCUGUUUGUACCUUAGGGGGUACUCCGCCCCUAAGCGGCAAUCUCUGAUCUGUGCCGAAUUCCAAGUGACCACAGCCAUCCCACCCCCUACAUAUAUCUGUAUGGGAAAUACACAAACGCUGUAUCGCCAGCUCUCCCAUGAACUUGAAUGGACUUUUCAUGACAUUGUACUAUAUAAUAGAAUUUAAACUAUUGUUGAUACAUGCAGCAGUUUUAGUGAAAAACUUCAAAAUAUUGUGAAAAAUUUUAAAAAAUUACAUUUUUCUAGAUUUGAAAUUCUCUUCUUGUAAUAAAAAUAAUCAUGCCAAGUAAAUAUUGUUGCAAA